ACUGUACAAUCUACAUUCAACAUUACAUACAUUAUACAUACUUACUUACAGUUGAGCUCCAAACUACUUACUUCAUUCUAUCCCCACAAAUCUUAUUUAUUUAGUGGCUGCGUCUCUUUAGAGUUCUAUGUAGAGAAAGUAGUUUUAAAUCUCCAUGCAUAUUGGUGGAUUUUACAGCAACUAACUACAUGGACUACUUUUGUGGUUUUAGUACCAAGUUUUUUCUUUUUCACGUGUUCGUCAUUUGUUACUUUGUGUUAAUUAUCUUCAGUAGGACUAGUUUUGUGUCAGCGGCUACUGCCAAGCUCCACCAAGAUGAAGUGAGGGCCUUGAAAGAGAUUGGGAAGAAGUUGGGGAAGAAUGAUUGGGAUUUUAGCAAGGACCCGUGUAGCGGUGAGGGCAAUUGGAGUAUUCCGAUUGUGAGGAAGGGUUUUGAGAGCUCUGUUACCUGUGAUUGUUCUUUCGACGCCAAUACCACCUGUCAUGUUAUUGCCAUAGCCUUAAAAUCCCAAAACUUGUCAGGAAGUGUUCCAUCUGAGUUCUCCAAGCUACACCACCUCAAAAACUUGGAUUUAAGUCGCAACUAUCUAAAUAACACAAUUCCACGGACAUGGGCUUCUAUGAACUUGACUGGCCUUUCUUUUAUGGGAAACCGAUUAUCUGGUCCAUUUCCAAAGGCGCUUACCAAUAUCAUUACUCUAUCAAACCUGAGCCUAGAAGGAAAUGCUUUCUCUGGAGCAAUCCCCACAGAUAUAGGAAACUUGGUCAAAUUACAAAAGCUUGUUUUAUCAUCAAAUUCAUUCUCAGGAGAGUUGCCAGAAGAACUUUCUAAUCUGACCAACUUGACUGAUAUGAGAAUAAGUGACAAUAAUUUUACUGGCAAGAUACCUGAUUUCAUUCAGAGAUGGUCACAAAUUGAGAAACUGCACAUGCAAGGUUGCUCUCUUGAGGGCCCAAUUCCUGACAGUAUUUCAAACUUAAAAAGCUUAAGUGAUUUGAGGAUCAGUGACUUAAAAGGUAAAGAAUUCUCUUUUCCCACAUUAAGCAUGGAGUCGAUGAAGACUUUGAUACUAAGAAGUUGCUUAAUUAGCGGAGAGAUUCCUUCAUACAUCGGCGAGGCAAAAAAUCUGAAAACGAUAGACAUCAGUUUUAAUAACUUGGCUGGUGAUAUUCCAUCAAAUUUUGUCAAUUUAGCAAAAGCCGAUUACAUUUAUUUGACAGGUAACAAGCUUAGUGGGCCCAUACCUGAAUGGAUAUUAUCUCGGAAUAAGAAUGCAGAUAUCUCGUACAACAAUUUCAAUGCAGAAGUCUCAAGUCCAUUUGAAUGUCCUAGAGGAAGUGUGAACUUAGUGGAAAGCUAUUCUUCAUCAGCAGAUAAAAUAGAUAAAGUUCAUUCAUGCCUGAAGAAAAAUUUUCCUUGUUCUGCUCCCAGUCGUGAUUACAAGUAUUUCCUGUACAUCAAUUGUGGAGGGGAGGAUGUAGUAAUCAACAAUAACACCAGGUUCGAAGCUGAUGUGGAAUUCAGAGGAGCUUCAAUGUUCUACUCAAGACAGAAUUGGGCAUUCAGCAGUACGGGAAUAUUUAUGGACAAUGAUCUUGAUGCUGAUGCCUAUAUUACGACGAACACUUCUGCACUAAAAAAUGUUUCUGCAUCUUUAUUAAAUUUGUACAAAACAGCACGUACAUCUCCCGUUUCUCUUACUUACUAUGGACUCUGUCUUGGGAAUGGGAACUACACUGUCAGCCUCCAUUUUGCAGAAAUUGUUUUCACCAAUGACAGAUCAUUUAACAGCCUUGGGAAGCGUAUCUUUGAUGUCUACAUUCAGGAAAAGUUGGUGCUCAAGGAUUUUAACAUUGAAGCUGAAGCUGGUGGGGAUGGGAAGCCCAUUAUUAAGAAUUUUACUGUAGCUGUAACAAGCCACACACUGAAGAUUCACUUUUACUGGGCUGGGAAAGGCACUACUGGAAUCCCACUCAGAGGAGUUUAUGGUCCUCUUAUAUCAGCCAUAGCAGUGGAGCCUAACUUUAAACCUCCGAAAGUUAAUGGAAAAAAGAAGCAUGUUGCUCUAGUACUUGAAGUUGCUGGGGGAGCAUUAUCUCUUUGCCUUAUCAUCCUGUGUAUUUUAUGGAGGAAAGGUUGUCUGGGAGGAAAGAUAUCUGCCGACAGUGAACUCAAAGGCCUAGACCUACAAAUUGCGCUAUUUACGUUAAGACAGAUCAAAGCUGCAACCAAAAACUUCGAUCCGGCAUACAAGCUGGGUGAAGGGGGUUUUGGUCCAGUUUACAAGGGUUUUUUGCCGGAUGGAACAGUAGUCGCAGUUAAGCAACUUUCAGCGAAGUCUAGACAAGGGAACCAUGAAUUUAUCACUGAAAUAGGCAUGAUAUCUGCAUCGCAGCAUCCUAAUCUCGUAAAGUUGUAUGGUUGUUGUGUUGAGGGCAACCAGUUAUCAUUGAUAUAUGAGUACAUGGAAAAUAAUUCUUUGUCGCAUGCACUAUUUGGAAGAGACUCAACAGCUAGGUUAAAGUUAGAUUGGCCUACAAGGUGGAAAAUAUGUCUAGGCAUAGCUAGAGGGUUGUGCUACCUCCAUGAAGAGUCGAGUUUAAAAAUUGUGCAUAGAGACAUUAAAACUAGCAAUGUGCUUCUUGAUAAGGAUCUGAAUGCUAAGAUAUCUGAUUUUGGCCUGGCAAAACUUAAUGAAGAUGGCAAUACUCAUAUCAGUACACGGAUUGCAGGAACUAUAGGUUAUAUGGCUCCAGAAUAUGCAAUGCGCGGUUACUUGACCAGCAAAGCAGACGUUUACAGUUUUGGAGUUGUUGCUUUAGAAGUUGUUAGCGGUAAAAGCAACACAAACUACAGGCCAACGGAGGAGUUUGUUUACCUCCUUGAUUGGGCUUAUGUGCUGCAAGAAAGAGGGAACCUCUUGGAGCUGGUUGAUCCAGCAUUAGGGUCUGAAUAUUCAUCCGAGGAAGCCAUGGUACUCCUAAAUGUAGCCCUCAUGUGUACCAAUGCAGCUCCGACGCUUCGGCCUACAAUGUCUCAAGCAGUGAGCAUGCUGGAAGGUCGGACUAAUGUUCAAGAGUUGCUCAGUGAUCCUGGAUUCUCAACUAUCAACCCGAAACUUAAAGCCAUACGGAACCACUUUUGGGAGAACCCGACUCAAACAGUAAGUAUGUCGACUGAAGGUCCCCUUGCUGAUGCAUCAUCUCUUUCUAAUGUAGAUAAAGCAGAUGAUUCAGUCAUAUUAGAUUAAUUAGAUGGUUGUAAAUAUCAACAACUAGACAAUCUUUACACAAUGUGAAUAUAUCUAUAUCUCCAGUACAA